UCAAAACCAUGGAAACAUGAUUAGUUAAACAUGUAUAUAAAAAGAUGAAGUAAAGGUGUCUAUUCUAGUUAAUUAAAGGCACUUGUGGUAAGAAGAAUCCCCAGUUCUGUUAACUGCUUCUUGAUAAUUGUCUGAUAAAGUUUGAAGGAUAAAACAGAAUAAUCUAGAACCGUUAAAGCUCAUUCUCAAUAUAAACUCAUCGUAAACAUGGUUGUAGCAGAAAAGGCAACGAAAUGGACUUUAUCUGAUGGAAAUCAGAUUCCUGUUUUUGGUUUAGGAACCUGGAAAUCUAAGCCUGGUGAAGUGAAAAACGCUGUUAAGUUUGCUUUAUUGGAAGCUGGAUAUCGCCAUAUUGAUUGUGCUUUGGUUUACCAAAAUGAAGACGAAGUUGGCCAAGCUUUGAAGGAAGUGUUUGGAUCCGGUGCUUUAAAACGUGAAGAUGUUUUCAUUACAUCUAAAUGUUGGAACUCGUAUCACUCUCGAGCUAAAGUAACUGAAUGCUGUAAACAAUCUUUGAAAAAUCUUGGUCUUGAUUACCUCGAUUUGUAUCUAGUCCAUUGGCCAAUGGGUAUUCAAGAAGGAGGUGAAUUGUUUCCAAAAGAUGCUGAAGGAAAUAUUAUUCCUUCUGAUGUUGACUAUCUUGAAACAUGGAAAGGUAUGGAAGAUGUUCACAAAGCUGGAUUAGCCAAGUCUAUUGGUAUUUCAAACUUCAACUCUGAACAAAUCAAACGAAUUCUCGACAAUUGUGAAAUCAAACCAGUGAUGAACCAAAUUGAAAUUCAUCCUUACUUGACUCAGGAACCAUUGAUUGAUUUUUGCCGCAAAAACGGAAUUGCUGUUACAGCAUACAGUCCACUGGGUUCACCUGAUAGACCAUGGGCUCAACCAGGGGAGCCAUCACUUCUUGAUGACCCUAAAGUCAAGGAGAUUGCCCAGAAACAUGGCAAAACAUCAGCUCAAGUUUUGCUUCGAUAUGCUAAUCAACGUGGUCUAAUUGUUAUUCCCAAAAGUGUCACUACUAGUCGAAUUGCAGAGAAUAUUAAUAUUUUCGAUUUCAAAUUGGCUCCAGAAGAAAUCGCUACAAUCAAUAGUUUCAACCGUAAUUGGAGAGCAGUUCCAAUCUCUACCUAUUCUGCCCAUCCUUACUAUCCAUUUUCAAUUCCAUUUUAAGUGUUGAAGCACAAAUUUUAUAUGAAUCAACGUUAAGAAAACUUAAUUGCUUGGUUAAUCGUUGUUUUAAAAUGCUAAUGUAAACACAAAUUCAAUAAAAAUCUUUAAAUCAAAGA